AUGAUCCGAGUCGAUGGUCCACGCUUGUUACUCGUCUCGACGUGGCAACUUCGCCUUGUGUGUGUCGACUCAGGUCUUCCUCAGCGAGCCAUCUCCUCGGAUGAGGCAUACUCACUUGGUGAUGCUCGCAUGCAUGAAUACGCCUAUCAAACACCGACUUUUGCAGGUUUGACUGCCCGUAAAAAACAAGCUACUGCCACACUAUCACCAGACAAUCACAGCUAUCCACCAUCAGCAACCUGCAUAAAAGGUCAUCACCGAGUGACUAUGCCUCAUUGA